GGACAUUACUACGUGCGCGUGUGUAAAUUUCACCGGGGGUGGUUGGUUGACGAUCCGGUGUCUGCGGGACUGACAUCGUGAUUUUGUCUCGUUUGUUGAAAAAUUCUAAUUGGCAUUUCUCAGCCCCGUCACAACUGGGAGUGUCGUGUUCAAUUUUCACAAAGGAGUCAGCUGUCUACGUGAUACAAGGAGAACGUAAACACAAGGAAACGAUUUUAAUUAUAAUCGCCGCCGACUUGACAAGACUGGAGCGCACAAAAACGCACGCGGUAUCUAAAAAUGGCGAAGGUGUUUCGCGCGGUGACAGUGUCGACUUUGUCAAACAAUGGACAAUCAACACCAAAAUUCGACAAGCCAGUGACGCUUUUGAUUAAUUAUGAUCCCCAGGGCCUCAGCAUCGAGCUCGUAUCAGGAGAGUAUAUUGAUAAAGAUCAAAAUUCGUUACUGGAAUUUCCAGUAACACACACAACAGAAUGUUCACGAGUGUCAAAUCGAAGCUAUAUAUUUACACUAGAUUCAGAUAGUUUAUUAAUAACAUUCGCCAGUGAAACAGACUUUCGAAAUUUCCAUUCUCAAAUUUUAAAGCUCAAAAAUGGAAAAGGAGUAUCAGCAUUUAACGAAAGAACCGAAGAGUCAUCGGCAAUGCAGUAUUUUCAAUUUUACGGAUAUCUAUCGCAACAACAAAAUAUGAUGCAGGAUUAUGUGAGGACCAGCACCUAUCAACGGGCAAUACUUGGAAAUAUAUCGGAUUUUAAAGAUAAAAUAGUAUUAGACGUUGGUGCUGGUUCAGGGAUAUUAUCAUUCUUUGCCGUGCAAGCUGGUGCAAAGAAAGUUUAUGCCGUUGAAGCGAGUAAUAUGGCAAAUCAUGCUGAAUUAUUAGUUGCAGCGAACAAUUUGUCUGAUAAGGUUGUCGUGAUUGCUGGCAAAAUUGAGGAAAUUGAUCUACCAGAUCGCGUUGAUUGCAUUGUUAGCGAGCCAAUGGGUUACAUGUUGUACAAUGAGCGUAUGCUUGAGACAUAUCUUCAUGCAAAGAAGUGGCUCAUUCCAGGAGGCAGAAUGUUUCCGUCAAGAGGAGAUCUUCAUAUUGCUCCAUUUUCGGACGAUAGUCUUUAUAUGGAACAAUUUAACAAAGCAAAUUUUUGGUGUCAAACAUGUUUUCAUGGAGUCGAUUUGUCUGCCAUGAGGAAUAAUGCGAUUAAAGAAUAUUUUAGACAGCCUAUUGUUGAUACAUUUGACAUUCGCAUUUGCAUGGCUAAAUCUGUCCGACACAUUGUAGACUUCCAAACAGCAGAUGAGACUGAUUUACAUAAAAUAGAAAUAGAUGUCGAUUUUCAUAUACUAGAAAGUGGCACUUGCCACGGCCUUGCAUUUUGGUUUGAUGUUGCAUUCAUUGGUUCAACACAACAAGUUUGGCUGAGUACAGCACCCACGGAACCAUUGACUCAUUGGUAUCAGGUUCGCUGUUUACUCGAGAAUCCAUUGUUUUGUAAAAGUGGACAAUUACUCUCAGGAAAAGUUAUUUUAGUCGCUAAUAAAAGACAAUCUUACGAUGUGACCAUUGAUCUAAAGGUCGAGGGAACAAACAUGGAAAGCAGCAGCAACACUUUAGAUUUGAAAAAUCCCUACUUUAGGUAUACGGGAGCUGCGGCUCAACCACCACCGGGUUUAAAUAAUACAUCGCCAAGUGAAUCUUAUUGGACAAGUUUAGAUGCUCAAGGUGCACGACAAGCUGUUAAUAUGGUUAAUGGAAUGUCUGUUAAUGGUCUCGGUGAAGUAUCAAUGGAUACAAGUGGAGGAGUAAAUUCAAAUUUAUUAGCAAUUGGCGGACAGCCAAACAUUCAUCCCGGUUUGAUCUCAAGUACUGGACGCGGACGAGUCGGAACAGCUACAAGUACACAAGCAGCUCAAUUAAUUGGCGGUGGAAUUACACCAAAUAUGUUCACUUCACCUGCCACCCUUGGUGUUAAUUUCCAGCAAUCGCUGGUACUUGGUAAUACCUCGCAUUAUCCAGUGAAUCCAAGUUUGAUGAUUGGUGACUAUGUGACGCCCUGCAAUGGAAUUCCACCGCAGGCGUAUCGACAAUGAUCUCGGGCAAAGAAUUUUUGUCGAUAUUACUCCAACAGCAAAAUAAAACAAUUACAAAGUGAAAAUAAUCAUCAUCGUUCCUAUAGAAAUGAUGAAAAGAUGAAUUACAACGAUUUCAAUAAUAGAAAAAGCCGCCGACUCAUGUUCAGUUCACCGAUCAGUAAACUUCAUUUAACAUCAGCAACGCGAAUAUUCAAUGUCUUGAAUGAUUUUCAUCAUCAUAAUGACACAACUCAUUCAUUGACGAAGGAUUCAAUUGAUAAAUUGAUCAAAUUUGGAUGGAGCUCUAGUAAGAAUUAUUCAUUUUGGGAUGCGCGCUCGAAAGGAUUGCGAAAUGCAUUCUCGUAGCUAUAUCCGAUCACCAUCAAAAUUCUCGCUUUAUCGUCUCUCUGUUUAGAAGAAGAAGAAUAAUAAUAAUUCGAUCUUCCAGACAAACGAGCACGCUUGCCAAAUAUAUAUAUAUAUAUAUAUUCCGGAUUGAUAUUUUUUAAUGACAAUACUAUUUACUGCUCGUAGGGAACUUGCAUGCUCUAGAAUUUGGAUUUUUUUUUUGUAAUUUAGAUAAGACAAGUGGUUUUGUAAAAACAAAAAUGAAAAAAUUUACAAAUAUGCUUCUCUUGUCAAUUCGAUAAUUAAAAAAAGAAAAAAAAAACGGGAAUUUUUUUUUUAAUACAAGACAAAGUCGGUGUGAAUGUUUAGAUUUAUUUCGCGCUCGAUCUCGAUGCUACUUAUAUAAUGCGAUCUCGAAAUAAUUUCUCUGCAGUGUUUUUUAUAAUUUAAUUUAAUUUUUUUUGAGAAACUAUAGACACCAAGAAUUCAUUAGGCAGUAUAGUAUUGAGCACUGUGGGUUUGCCUGUCUAUGGGUAACCACUUCAAUUUUUCAAAUUUUCUCAUUCAGAACGAAAGUAUAUUGUAAUUAUUUUUUGUUUCGAAAAAAAAAGAAUUCAGUAAUUAUCAAAGAAGAUUUUUCGAAAGAAAGCUUUAAUUUAUUUCUCUAUUAUUAUUAUUAUUAUUAUUAUUAUUAUAAUUAUUUUUAAUGAAACUUAGAAUAAUAGGCAAAGUUAGUGAAUACAUUCAUGGAAAAAUUGUACAUAGCAUAAAAUUGCAAUUAAUCAGACCUUCCAUCUUAGUUUUAAGAAUUGAGCUCUUGUUUCUUUACUUUACGGCAAUGACAGUAAAUUUUUGUUUUAGAGACAAUUAUUUUUUUUUUAAUAACAUUGACAGUGAAUUUUUUUUUCUAUUCUCAAUGUAGAAUUAAUAGAUUUUUUUUAGAGACCACGAUUGUAAAUAUUCCCUUUGAAAGUUGUAGAUUCAGAAUAAUUUCGAAAUUUCGCAAAAAAAAAAGAAAAAAAAAAAGAUUUCCUUUAGAAUCUCCUUGACAUAUCCUGAAUAAAACUCAUAUUUAUAUAUUUAUACAUGAUCAAAGAUGAAUCGCGUUGGUGACAGGCAUUCCACAAGUGCUAAAAACAAAUAUCUCUGUAUAGCCCAAUGAUGUACAUAUAACGUUUGCUUCCAUUUUUUUCCGUUUAGCCAUGUGUGAGUAUAAUUUUUUUUAUACGACUGUAGUUUAAACACUUCGUACCUCACAUAUACACAGCAAAACAAAAAAAAAUUUCUUUUUUUUUUUGUUAUUUGCUUCAGUAAUUUUCCUAAUUAUAUUAUUUUGUCAAAUCGUCUCAAAAACACGCAAAGUUCAUCGUUUCUUAUAUUUAGUAAUAAACAAUAUUUAUUGCGUUUAUGAAAAAAUAUAUAUAUACACUUAUAGAAAUCGAAACAAAUUGAAAUUGUUAUUUUAUUUUCCAAGAAAGAAUAAAAAUCAGUUCUUUCGCAAUUAUUUUGUAUGAAAAAAACAUAUUCGCUUUUUUCUUAAUUAAAACUUACAAGUUGAAUUAAUAAACCAGAAAUCAAUUUUAUUUAAAUGUAAGUAAAAUUGUAAGUUUCUGUUUUAAAUUUCAAGUAAUUAUUUCCUUGCAGAAUAUUUGUUUAAGUCGUUUUUUGUUGUACAUAUUUUUCUUUAAUAUAUAGCUUUGUUUAAUCGACGACUUUAAACCGAAUAAAAAUUCUGUAAAUGAAUUUCUCAAAUAAUUCAAUAUAUAAAAUAUUAAAUAAACUUGAACUUUUAGUUACUUUUAAUUUUUUUUAAAUAUUCCAAAUUUCAAUUAUUUUAUUUAUUUUUCUUUUAUUCUUUGGACAGGGUAUAUAUUUUAUACCUUUUAGAUUAUGUUUCCGUGUUCUAAAGUUUAUUACCUCAAUUUCUAAAAGUGUAUGUAUAAACAAUUUUUCCUACUUGUUUUUUUUUUUUUUAGUAGAACGUGUGCUUUGAAUUGUGAUUGUUUAUAAAAAAGAAGAUUCGAUAAGUUUUUUUUUUUUAAAUAAGUUACCGGCGACAAUUAUCGCCAAAAUUUUAAGCUUAUGAUUACUAAAAUCUUAUAUCAAUGAAAAAAAAGCAAAAUUUUAUAUUUAAAAAAAAAUUAUUUCUUUCACUAUUUUUGAAUUACAAUUACUUUUAGUUUAAUUAUUUUAAUUUUUUAUAUAAAUUAAAUUCGAAUUAUUCAUUGAUAAGUAAAAGAAAGUAGUAUUAAAUAUUUUUCAGCAAUAAUUUUUGGUGAUAAAUUGCGGUAAACUAUAUUUUUAAUGAACUCUCAAGGAUAUUGAGAUCAAAAAUAAAAAAAAAGACAUACCAUAUGAAUUAUAAUUAGUUUUUAGUUACUAAUUUCCAUUUAAUAAAUUUUUUUUUCAUGAAACGCACAGUGUAAAAUAAUAGAAACUCGAUAUUCUUGAGGUUUUUGAAAAAUAUUUCUGCCAAAUCAAUUAUUUACCUAUUGUAAUUAGAAUUAUAUCAUUUUUUUUUAUUUAUCUCCGAUGACUGAUACAAGCACAAUCAUAAAUAUUGUCAUCUUAUUCAUUUUUUUCUCCUCUAGUGUAGAGAAAAAAAAAAAGUUAAGCAUUAUAAUAUUCACGACUUAAAAAUUGUAAUAAACAAUCGUUCGUAAAUCUUGCGAAAGGAAAAUCCUUUUAGUUUUUAUGUCACGAUUUAACGGAAAUAAAAAAAAAAAAUAAUGUUCAACCUCAAGCGUUCAAUUUCGCAAACUCUAGUCGUUAAGUCUGUACAUCACAACGAGCAAUGCGUGUUAAUUAAGUUGAUGAUUGUAGAAACAAAAAGCUUUUUUUAACUUUUGAUUCUUUUUAAUUAAUUAAUUAAUUAAUAAGAUUUAAAGUAUAAGAAAACAAUCCAUUGUUCACGAUUAGUGCUCCGGCGACGUACUUUUUAGAGAAAUUUUUUUUGUCAAAGAAAAAAAAACAUCCGAUGUUAAAAAAAAAAUCCUUAUUUCCCCCCCCCCCCCAAAAAAAACCGAUACAAUCCCUGACUGGUCCUUUAUACCUAAUGAUCCUUCCCCAAGAUCAUAUUAUUAUAAUUCUAGCUCUGCGUCCGUGUGUUCUCUUUUUUAUACUGAAUAUACUCGGAAUCCUAUUAUGUUUCGCGGAUCCUCUUUACUAUUGCAUAAGGUGUCUACCGGUAAUGACAACUAACGAAACAAUAAAUUAAGUUGAAAUUUUA